AUGGAUGCAAAAUCAUGGAAUCUCAAGCCAGUGAAAGAGAACAAUGACUACUUCCAACAACUUGAAGAUGAUGAUGAUGAAGAAGAAGCACUCUCUCUUUGCAAUCUUCCAUUGAACAGUGAAGCAGCUUCUGAUUGGGAUGACUUCUCAAGAGAAGUUCAAAGCUCCUCUAUUGAUCAAGAUUUGUUUGAAUUCUUCAGUGAAGAUUUCACUUCUUCAUCUUCUUAUCCAAAAGAUAAUAUCAUCUUCUGUGGAAAGCUCAUUACAUUAGAUCAUGGCAAAGAACAGAAAUCGGAGAACACCAUUAAAGCUAAAGAGGCCAAGAAAACUAGCAGCAGCACCUUCCCUUGGAAAUCAUCAUAUUCUUUCAACAAAUUAAGAAGCUUUUCAGUGAAGAUGCAACGAGAGAAGAGUUACAGAACUCGCAAGACUUUUCCAGAGAUAUCGCCGGAGAAAAAAUCUGUGGAUAAAUAUGAUUUUCCGAUGAAGGAAGCAUCAUUAGCUAGGAGUCCGACGAAGUCAAGAUGGAACUUGUUUGCAUUUGGGGUGGCGAGAUAUCCAAUGGAAAUGGAAUUGAAUGAUAUUAAGACAAGGCAGAGCAAGCUAAGUGAUACUAAACUGAGCCGGAGCUUGAAGAGUCCGACAAAGACUUCCCGGUCUGAUGAUAGAAGAGAAUUGGGAGAGAGAAGUGGGAAAAGAGAGAAAGGUUGGUGGGGUUUGCUUAAUAUUUUGGGAUGCAGAAGCUACCAUGCAAACGCCAUGGUUAAGGCUUCAUUGGGUUGGAUACCAAGUGUGUGA